AUGUUUCUAAUAUAAAUAAUAAUCUUAAUAACAACGCUUCCUUUAUUAAUUAAAACCUCAACCGAAAAUCACCCAAUAAAAAACAUCGUCGUAUUAAUGAUGGAAAACCGUUCAUUUGACCAUAUGUUGGGCUGGAUGACUAAAGGCGGAAAAUUCGGCAACAAAAAUGUAGACGGUCUUACUGGUUAAGAAUGUAAUCCAAAAAAUGUUUAUUUCCCGUUUUUAGGUUAAAUAUGUGUAGAUGACAAAGCCUCUGAAUUUUCCUAAUACGAUCCUGAUCAUGGCCAUUAAUCUACUGUUUAACGAAUUUUUGGUUGCCUAUAUACCCUUAACUAAUAAACAGGUGAUAAUCCUUGCAAAAAUCACUCAACAAAUAAGGGAGAUGCAAACAUGAAAGGAUUUGUUAUGAGUGCAAGGAGAGAAGGAAAAAAUGGAAUAACUGAAAUGUCUAUGUAAUCUCCUAAAAAUGUACCCAUAUUGACUACUUUGGCUAAUGAAUAUGCACUUUUUGAUAAUUAUUUUUCCUCUUAUCCAGGUCCUACUAAUCCUAAUAGACUUUUUAUGCAUUCGGGGACGUGUAAUGGUUGCUUGGGUAACGAAUAGACGACUGGAUCGUUUAAAAAUUAGACUUUGUAGUCUGUAUUGGAAAGAAAUGGACUCUCUUGGAGAUAUUAUUGGGAAAAUGAUGCUGAUGACUGGUUUUUAUUUAUAAACCAUUUCAAUGAAAACUUCAAUAAUUCAACUAAAUUUAUACCCAUGGAAUAAUUUUAUUAAGAUGCCGAAAAGGGAGAUUUACCAAAUUAUACAUUCAUUAAUCCUUCCGAAUCAUACAAUAGUACUCUAAAUAAUACCAAAUCUUUCGGUUUAAUGAAUGAUUAGCAUCCUAAUCAUAGUAUAAAAGAAGGAGAAAGGCUAAUUAAAAAUGUCUACGAAGCACUAAGAAACGGACCUUUAUGGAAUUAGACUUUAUUUAUAAUCACGUAUGAUGAACAUGGUGGUUUUUAUGAUCAUGUAUCUCCCCCUUAGGAUGGAGUACCUAAUCCUGAUGGUAUAGAUAAUGUAGAUGGGUUCAAAUUCAAUAGAUUAGGUAUUAGAGUACCUAUGAUAGCUGUUUCGCCAUGGAUUGAAAAAAAUACACUUAUAAAUAAACCUAUGGAUAAUCAAAAACCUUAAAAUAGUUCAUAAUGGGAGCAUUCGUCAAUAAUUUCUACAGUUUUAAGGAUUUUUAAUUUAUAAGACUAAUAAUUUUCAAAAAGAAUAGAAUGGGCAGCUCAUUUUGAUGAUAUUUUAAAAAUAAGAAAAGAACCAAGAACUGAUUGUGUUAAAGAAUUACCUUAUGUACCACCUCCGACUAAGUAAGAUUUCUAAAGGUUUUAAAAUUAGAAGAUUAAAACUAGUCAUUAGAAAUAAGUUAAGGAAAUUUGUGAAACUAUAAAGAAAGAUGAUACUAAUUGUGGGGGAAAUAUUUAAGAAAUAAAUAAAAAAAAGAAAAAAUAUAGAAAUAUUAAUUUUUUUUAAUCAAAAUAUGGAAAAAAUGCUCGUCCAGAUGAAGAAUAUGAAUAUGGAAAUACACAAAAAGGUUUUAAUAAUACUCAAUCAUAAUUCGGAUCAAAUCCUGCAUCUUUAAAAGGCAAAUUAAUGUCUUUAGAAGAAAUGAUUAAAGGAAUUGCUGAGGAAAUGAAUUUCCAUAAGAAAGAAGUAUAAAUUUUAAAAAGUGAAAAAGAUACUUUAUAAUCAGUUUUAUCAAUGAAAACUUAGGAUGUAAAAAAAACAUUAACUAAUGAACUUACAAGAAUUGAAGAAGAAAUGAAACGCCAUUUUGCUCAUCAAAAAGCUGAAAAUGCGCGUUUAUAAUAAUAAAUAACAUCUCUAAAAGGAGAAAAAACAGCAUUAUAAUAAUAAUUAUUAGGACUUUAAAGACGUAUAACUGAAUUAGAAUUACAAGUAGGAAAUGAAGAAGCUAAUUGA